AUGCUCCCCACCACCCGUCUCGGGGGCGGGUACUCCAACGGCCCCUCCGACCAUGCCCUCCUCGGUUGCUUCACCCGCCGCCGAAUCAUCAUCGCUCUCGCCUCCGUCACCCAGUGCCACGCAAGUCAUCACGUCCCCCGCGGUCACACCCCCGGAACCCCAGCGAAGACGGUCGCAGGGGAGAAUGCUACUUUACCGCCGCUGUACACUGGAUACCAUCGCGACCUCAUGCGCCUCCCACAGCACCACUGGGAACGCACAACGCCCGCUCCACACGAGAGGUUCUUCUUCGUCGCAGGUCAUGCCGCCGGCACCGGCUGGGGCAACGGGAUGGAGGAGUUCGUGAUGAACGGGUAUAUGGCGUAUAAGGCAGGACGAUCCUUCGUCUUCGGAAACUACACCUGGAACUCGGACGGUCCCCUGUACUCUGAGUACCACGGACACCUGAUCCCCUCCUUGAUUCCUUACAGCGCUAUCACCAGAGGAUACCUCACUGGCGACCCUCUCCCCGCAGGCGACCACGCGCCGCUCGCCGUCAGCCGCCAUUACUACGAGCAGCUCUGCCCAGAUCCCGUCAUCAUCUCCCGCGAAGAGGUCCACGACCACCUCGUCCAUCCACUCAACGCCAAGGAGGUCACCGACGCAUGGGUCGCGAAACUGAACAGCGUCGAUGACCCUUGCGUGCAGUCGGCCAAGAACUCCGGCCAGCUCUACGACUACAUGGUCCUCGGCGACCCCGACGCGAUGCACGACAUCUGGCCCGAGUUCUCCACCUCCCCCAUCAUCACCCACUGGCGCUGGUCCCCGCUCAUCGAGCUCGCCUACGACAUGAACCGCGAACUUUUCCAGCCGAGCGACACCACCGUCGAGCCCUUCUACGCCGCCAACACCGCCCUCACCAACAAGGCCCGCUACCCGCAGAUCCACGGCCUGCUCGCCCUCCACGUCCGCCGCGGCGACUUUGUCGAGCACUGCGACAACCUCCGGAACUGGGCGUCGACGUUCCUCGGCUUCAACUCGAUGCACGACAUGCUGGACCGUUUCGAGCCGCGGCCGCCGGGGGAGCCGGACCUGAACGCGGUGUAUAUGCCGCGGUGCUGGCCGACGGUGGAGCAGAUCGUGAAGAAGGUACACCAGGUGCGGCAGACGCCUGCGGGGAAGGGCCUGAAGCGGGUGCACAUUAUGUCGAACGGGCGCCCGGAGUACCUGGCCGAGCUCAAGCAGGCGCUGUGGAAGGAGGGCGGAUGGGAGGCGGUGGUGACGAGCCGGGAGAUGCUGCUGAACUGGGAGCAGAAGCACGUGUCGAUGGCGGUGGACAUGCUGAUCGGGCAGCGGGCGCAGGUGUUCAUCGGAAAUGGGUUCUCGACGCUGACCUCCAACGUCGUCAUGAUGAGGAAGGCAAACGGGUUCUCGGCGGGGAGCUCACGACUCUGGUGA